AUGGCGAAUCACAGCACCUCCUCGAACGUCGUCGGCAUCCACUACAGAAUCGGCAAGCAGAUUGGUGAAGGCUCGUUUGGCAUCAUUUUCGAGGGCAUCAAUUUGCUCAACCAACAGCAGGUUGCCAUAAAAUUCGAGCCCCGCAAGAGCAAAGCUCCUCAAUUGUACAAUGAAUAUUGCACGUACAAGGCUCUCGUAGGCUGUUCGGGGGUUCCCAAUGUCUAUUACUUUGGCCCGGAGGGCAUGCACAACAUUCUGAUAAUCGACCUGCUCGGGCCUAGCUUGGAGGACCUGUUCGGCCACUGCAACAGGAAGUUCACAGUCAAAACUGUAGUCAUGAUUGGCAAGCAAAUGUUGUCAAGGAUACAGGCUAUCCACGAGAAGAACCUCGUCCACCGCGACAUCAAGCCUGAGAACUUCCUCAGACGACCUGGAACUCUGGUCACGUCUUCUAUACUUCCUACGGUGUUUCUUCCAUGGCAAGGCCUCAGGGUUUCUAACGAGCAGAAGUACGCGAAGAUCGGCGAGAUGAAGCAGACAAUUCCCAUCGAAUACAUCUGCAACGGCCUUCCUCGCGAGUUCAAUAGAUACCUCAUCUACGUCCGUAACCUGGGUUUCGAGGAUACACCUGACUACGACUACCUGCGGGGACUGCUCACGGAAGCGCUCAAAAGCGUCGGCGAAGUUGAAGACGGCGGAUACGACUGGACGAAUUCAAACAAUGGAAGAGGCCAGAAAGUCAACGACCGCCAGGGCACCCCUAACGCAAUCAUCGUUCACCACCGAUCUAAGAAGAGACAUUCGUCCGCCAAGCGGUACCACUUGACCGAGCUACUCCCAGAUCCUAUAGCAACAAGAUCUGUACCUGGAAGAAACUGGGACCAAGCAGCGUCGUGCCAGGCUCAGUUUCAACACAGCCGAUCGUACCUGAACCAGAUCCAAUACUGCGCGACUCCGUUACAGAGUACGAACUCUCAGCAAUUGCGACAGGAACGAGAGCAUCAGACAGAGGGCUUCAUGCAGACGCUCUCCAAGAUACUUUGCUGCAACCCGAGCCGCAGAUAA